AUGCCUCAAUGUGAAUAUGUAUCAUCAUCUACUGGUGUAAGAUGUGGUAAUUUUUCAACUGAUAUAAAAUUAGAUUCACGUAAUUAUUGCGAAAUUCAUGGAUUUGUUAAUUAUAUUUAUGAUAAUAUUGUUUCUGCUAAACAACAUAGACUUGGUGCACCACCAAAAUUAGAAAUUAAAGUUACAGAUGUUAGAGGAAAUGUUCAUGAUAAAAUUGGUUGGGUUGGAGGAAAAGAUGAUGAAGAAAUGUUACGUUGUAGUUCUGAUUGGUUACAGUACAAUAAUUUUGAGGCUGAUGAUAAUAUGUUUUAUGAAACUUUUUCUGGUACCACUGUUCAUGGUUGUGGUCCUUUUACUGAAUUAGAAGUUUUAAAAAAUCAAGAAAUAUUGAUAAAUGAAGAAAUUAAAAUGCUUGAAAAAUUAAGGAGGAUAAAUGAUGAAGAAUUGGCAUCAAAAAAUGCUUUUUAUAGGCAUGCUAUGCUUCAAGAAUUAUGUUCAGGUGCUUUUGUAAUUCGUACACCAGAAGAAGUACGUCUUUGUGGAGAGAUACAAGAUCUAUACAAAUAUGGUGCAAGUAAAGAAAGAGAACAUGAAAAUCUUCCUUUUUUUAGUAAUGUUUAUAGAAUUCAAAAAGAAACAUUUAAAAAAAUAGAAGAUGAAUCUCUUAACAGAAAUAAACGUGAGAUUAGUGAAAGUUUAUCAGAAAAAGGUGAUAAUACAUCUGAAGAAGAAGAUUGGUAUUCACGAACAUGUUGUUUAGAAUCAUUGGAGAAUGGAAAAUGUAAUGAAGUAGUUUUGUGGCCAUCUGCUUAUUGUCAUAAACAUUUAAAAUUUGAUAAAAAUCAGUUAUUAUAUCAAUUAUGUCAAAGAUGUCAGAAUCCAUAUAUUUCACUGUUAGAAUGUACUAAUUGUUUAAUUAAUCAACGUAUAGAAAAAGGUAAACAAUUAGUUAGUCAAAAUCCAAGAAUGAUGAAUAUAAGACCUAAUUUUGAUAUUAGAAGAAAUAUACCAACAAUGAGAAUGAAAGGAUUUGAUUCUUCAAUUGUUAUACCAAUACGUAAAAUGUCUGUUAAAAAGAUUAGUGACAUAACAUCACGAUCUAAAUUUGAAUUAAAACACGUAAAUGGUGAAAUAGAAACUGAUUUAAAUGAUACAAGAAAUAAAGAAUUACUAGAAGACACAAAAGAAAAUAUUUUUCUUUCAAAGGAUAAUGUUGAUGGUGAAGUAAUUGAAUUAAUUGAUAAUUAUUUCUCAGAAAUUCGUCUUCCAGUAAAACAAUUACCACCAAAAAGUGUUACACAAGUUCCUCCAACUGUAACACUUCCUGAUCGACGUCAUAAUCCAUUUAAUAGUGUAAAUAAACCACAAACAGUAUUACCAAAACAUGUUGGCGUUUUAAAUACGAUUAAUCAUAAAUUUACAAGAGGACCACAAAAAACACCUAGACAAAUGUUCGAAGCAAUAAGGCAUCAUCCAGUUCUUGGUAUACAAUUUAAACAAAAUCCUUGUGCGAAAAUAAGGCCAUUUACUAAAGAAUUUUUUCCUGCUUCUGAAGGUUCAUUACAAGUGUCGCGAAGACCGUAUAUUACAACAGGGAGUAAUGUUCGAAAAAUAAAAAUGAUUGUUAUGAAACAAAUUGGACCUUUAAAAUAA